AUGUCGACCAUUACGCUAAGCUGUUUGGUUAUGGGCGAUGACCCUUAUGAAAACGUUUUCGCAGUUGAUAUUGACGACAGCAAACUCGUCAGUCAUCUCAAGAAAGCCAUCAAACAGGAACAACCGCAAACUUUCGCCGGCGUUGACUCCAAAAACCUUAAAUUAUGGAAGGUUAAUAUCCCUCUCAACGAACCGGAACCGAAUUUAAGCCUUACCACGACCAAGAAGUUUGACAUCACCAUCAGGGAAGGGCUUCCGGACGUAAAAUUACUAUCGUCCUUCGACGAAAUCUCAGAAUACUUCUCCGGUCAACCUCCCAGAAAGCAUGUGCACGUUGUCGUGCAGGGAGAACCACAGUCAGGAGUGCAAGCGGAGGCUAAUGAGAAUACGGAAAGGAGUAGUUCGAAAAAAAGCAAGGGAAGUCAAGUCAUAUCCAACGUCAAUGAAACCAAUUCUUGCAAGUCUCGUUGCUCCGUUGUCAACAUCUGCCUGCAAUCAAUGGUUAGCACCACCACUGAUUUACCGGAGGAAACAAUGUACGAAUGGAUAUGCCAUAAACUUAAGAACAUGAAGGACAUGUUCGUUACUGCUAAAACUGCAGACACGCCAGAAGUGAUUAUAGAUGUUUCGAAAAUGGAACAGUUAUCUCUACCAAUUACAAACGCCAAUGAAACUAAUCAUUGUGAUGGUGGAUUUUCAAUCCUUAAUUACUGCCAACAAAACAUGGUGAGCACGUCUACUGGCAAAUAA